CUUUUUUUUGUUAAUAACACAUGUUUGGCUUUAUCUAAAAUUGUUAAAUUUUAAAAUAAUGUUUUAGACGAUGUACGAUUUAUAAGUCUAAUUAAAAUAUUAACUUCAAAUAAUUUAUUGUUGUAUUUAUAGAUAAUCAUGUUGCUGGAUAAGAGGUGUAUGGCAAAGGAAUAUUUGAAGUUUUUCCUGUGUAUCUUAACGGCGUCAGUCACUUCCGGUGCACAUGUAGAACCGACAAGGUAUGAUCUUAUUCAUUACCUGCUGAGUGACACUCGUUAUGACCAUAGCCUGCCACCAGACUUUUACACAGGAAGUGUGACAAACGUUUCUGUAGAAAUGGUUAUUACUGAUCUGAAUUAUGAAAGCGACAUAAACAUGGAGUAUGACUGUACAUUGUAUCUGCGCUUAAACUGGACAGACAGACGUUUAGAUUUCUCAGUCAAUAGCACUUCGUAUGAAUCUCUUAAAUUAGGCGAUGAUAUUGUUGACAAAAUUUGGAUACCAGAUUUGUUUUUUCACCACGAACGAAAAUCAGAACUACAUGGGCUGUUCACAAAGAAUCAGUUGGUGUAUAUAUUCAGGAACGGUAGCGUUUUAUACAGCGGCAGGUUUAAUGUAAAAUCUAACUGUCAGAUGGAUCUAAAGAAAUACCCUUUCGACACACAGACAUGUCCAAUUGUCAUUCAAAGUUAUGCUUUUACCAAAGAGGACAUAAUGCUGCACUGGAAUGGAAAAAAUGCUGUAAAGAUUGACCAUACAGCCAAUCUUGAUUUUAUUGAAAAGUCACUGAAGCACACGUAUAUUUCCCCAUACGCUGAUCCAGUUGGGAAUUUUUCAACACUUGUGGCAAAAAUUAGCUUCAAACGACCGAAGGAAUCGUUCCAAAUAAUGUAUGUUGCACCUGCGAUUAUAUUGGUCUCGGUAUCAUUUACUUCCUUCCUUUAG